AUCCAAACCCAAAGUAGUCCCAAAAACAAUGCAGAAAAGCAACAACCAAAGCAAGAAGGCAGAGCGGCAGUGGCCCCUGCCCCUAGUGGUCAUGGGAUCGAUCGCCGCCGCGUCGCUUGUAUUCGUCCUCCUUGCAAAAAACGCCUCCGCGCCAUUCCUCUGCGGCGCGAGGGCGUCCUCGUCAUCAACGAGCCUCCAGCUGGAGGCCGUGCUCCAGUACGCGACGUCCACGGUGGUGCCGCAGCAGUCGCUGGGCGAGAUCUCGGUCACGUUCCGCGUCCUCCGCGCCCUGGCCCCGGCGAACUUCCUCGUGUUCGGGCUCGGGCGGGACUCGCUCAUGUGGGCCUCCCUCAACCCACAUGGCAAGACGCUGUUCCUCGAGGAGGACCCCAAGUGGGUCCGAAUCGUCUUGCGAGACGCCCCCGCCCUCCGGGCCCACACCGUCUCCUACCGCACCCAACUCUCCCAGGCUGACGAAUUGAUGCGACAUUCCCGCUCCGAGCCCGACUGCUCUCCCUAUAAAUCCUUCCUGCGUGCCAACGACAAAUGCAGGUUAGCGUUGAACAUGCUGGAGAAUGAGGUGUACGACACGGAGUGGGACCUGAUAAUGAUCGACGCGCCGCGGGGGUAUUACCCAGAGGCGCCGGGGAGGAUGGCGGCGAUAUACUCAGCGGCGGUGAUGGCGAGGAACCGGAAGGGAACGGGCGUGACUCACGUGUUCCUGCACGACGUGGACCGGCCAGUGGAGCAGAGGUACGCUGAGGCGUUCCUAUGCAAGAAGUAUUUAGUCAAGGAGGAGGGGAGGCUGUGGCAUUUCCAGAUACCGCCCGCCGCUGAUUUCAACACAGACUUUUGCUAGACUGUGUUGACUGGACUACGAGUUGGUAUAAAAUUAUUAAAAUAGAUAGAUAUGAAAUAAAUAAAUUACUCCUACUUUGUUGUCAAAUCAUGAAAUUUAUUUUAAUUUUUUCAAUUUUGCAUCUUCGAUGAAACUAUGAAAAUGAAAAGGAAAAAUUAUGAAAUUUGGAUCUGACGCUAAAUUUUUUUGAUGGAAUUGUAUCAAAUAUGCCAGUUGAAAAAUUAUAUGUGUAUGAAGUUGCUUGUCUCUUUAAA